AUGUCAGUUUGUUCUAAUCCCCAUUCUAUACUCUUCGCCGGUGACUUUAACUUACCGGAUGUGAAUUGGACUGCUCCUGAUCUUGUUGCUGUUGGUGGGAGUUCGAAGUGCCUUAUUGACAUGGCACUCGCUUUUCAGGUGUCACAGGUUAACACUAUCAAGAAUGGGCGUGGAGUUAUUCUGGACUUGCUCUUUAGUUCCAACCAUUCACUAAUUGUAUCUCCCGCUCUCGAUUCUAUAUUACCACAGGAAUCUGCCUAUCCUGCUUUAUCCUGUGAAAUCCCGAUAGUCAAGAUAUCGUCUAAACAUAUGGGUUCAAUUCGAGACUUUCGACGCUGCAACAUUGAGAAGAUCUUCAAUGAACUUUACCUUGCAUUGGGUCCUGUUUCCUUCCAUUUUCCAGAUGUCAUUGAGUCUUUCAACAACUUUGUCAAUACCAUUUAUGGAAUCGUAGUAAGGAAUACACCUUUAAAGAAAACCGCUAGAUCAAGAUUCCCUUGCUGGUUCUCACCGGAGUUGAGGGACUUAGUAAUUGGAAAGAAAAUUUGUCACAAAAGGUUCAAAUCUACUUCCAGCCCUAAUGACUACAUCGAAUUUAGUCGUCUUAGAGAUCUUUGCAAAGAGUUAAGCUCUCAGUGUUUCAGUAACUAUAUCGAUUAUGUUAAUGGUAUGAUCCCUCUUAACAUCAGAGCUUUUUGGAGUUUCUUUGACAGUGUCAGGGGUUCAACGGAAUCUGCGGACACCUACUACCUGGAUAACAGCUCGGCAUCGACGCCAGAAGGCAUCUGUAACCUUUUCGCCGAGCAUUUUUCUUCCGUUUAUAACUCGUCUCCAGGUCCCAUUCCUCAAUACCAUUAUCUUUCGGAGAUUAAUAUUUCUUCUUGUGUUCUCACUGAAGGUGACGUAGAGCGUAAACUUGCUUCUCUUGACCCUUUCAAGGGAACCGGUCCUGAUGAUAUACCACCUGAUUGCACCUCAACUUACUGUGCUUUUCAAUAA